GGGGCGGACCGGCCGCCGCCAUGGGCCCGGCGGGGGCGGGCGGGCGCUGAGGGGGGCGCGGCGGGGGCUCUCCCUCCUUCCUUCCCUGCCUCCUCCCCUGCCUCCCUCUGCCGUCCGUCUGUCCGUCCGUCCGCCCCUCCUGCCGCCCGCCCGGGGCGCAGGGCGGGAGGCGGGAGCGGCCCCCGCGCUCCGCACACGCGCACCGGGAGCCGCUCGGCCGCACCGGCGGAGCCGCCGCCGCCGCCCGCCGCCAACCCCCGCCCCGGGGGCGGCUGCCCCGGCGGAGCCUCCAUCUGCAGCCCGGCGGCGGAGCGGGGAACAUGGCGGACCUGGAGGCGGUGCUGGCCGAUGUCAGCUACCUGAUGGCGAUGGAGAAGAGCAAGAGCACCCCGGCGGCCAGGGCCAGCAAGAAGAUCACCCUGCCCGAGCCCAGUAUCCGCAGUGUUAUGCAGAAAUACCUCGAGGAAAGGGGUGAAUUAACCUUCGACAAGAUCUUUCAUCAGAAAAUCGGAUUUUUGCUCUUUAAAGACUAUUGCAUGAAUGAGAUCGAUGAAGCUGUCCCUCAGCUGAAGUUCUAUGAGGAGAUCAAGGAGUACGAGAAGCUGGACUCAGAGGAGGAGCGGCUGUCGCGGAGCCGGCAGAUCUACGACACCUACAUCAUGAAGGAGCUGCUCUCCUGUUCCCACCCUUUCUCAAAACAAGCUGUAGAUCAUGUACAAACACAUUUAGCCAAGAAACAAGUGCCAGCCAGCCUUUUCCAGCCAUAUAUAGAAGAAAUUUGUGAUAGUCUCCGAGGAAAAAUAUUUCAAAAAUUUAUGGAAAGUGACAAGUUUACUAGAUUUUGUCAAUGGAAAAAUGUAGAGCUAAAUAUUCAUCUGACCAUGAAUGAUUUUAGUGUACAUAGAAUAAUAGGAAGAGGGGGAUUUGGUGAAGUGUACGGCUGCAGAAAAGCAGACACUGGAAAAAUGUAUGCAAUGAAAUGUUUAGAUAAGAAGAGAAUCAAGAUGAAGCAAGGAGAAACAUUAGCCUUAAAUGAAAGAAUUAUGCUGUCUCUUGUCAGUACAGGAGACUGUCCUUUUAUAGUCUGUAUGACCUAUGCCUUCCACACCCCUGACAAGCUCUGCUUCAUUCUGGACCUCAUGAAUGGAGGAGAUUUGCACUACCACCUCUCCCAGCACGGAGUGUUUUCUGAAAAAGAGAUGAGGUUUUAUGCUACUGAAAUCAUCCUGGGGUUAGAGCACAUGCACAAUCGCUUCGUGGUGUACAGAGACCUGAAGCCUGCAAAUAUCCUGCUGGAUGAACAUGGGCACGUGAGGAUAUCAGACCUUGGGCUGGCUUGUGACUUCUCCAAAAAGAAGCCCCAUGCCAGUGUAGGAACCCACGGGUACAUGGCCCCCGAGGUGCUGCAGAAGGGCACAGCCUACGACAGCAGUGCUGACUGGUUCUCCCUGGGCUGCAUGCUCUUCAAGCUGCUGAGGGGGCACAGCCCUUUCAGGCAGCACAAAACCAAAGAUAAGCACGAGAUCGACCGGAUGACGCUCACCGUGAACGUGGAGCUCCCGGAUUCCUUUUCUCCCGAGUUGAAGUCCCUUCUGGAAGGGCUCCUGCAGAGGGAUGUGAGCAAGAGGCUUGGAUGCCAAGGAAGAAGCGCACAAGAAGUAAAGGAACAUCCUUUCUUCAAAGGCAUUGAUUGGCAGCAAGUCUAUUUACAGAAGUACCCUCCCCCCCUGAUUCCUCCCCGGGGAGAAGUCAAUGCAGCAGAUGCUUUUGAUAUUGGCUCCUUUGAUGAAGAGGACACUAAAGGCAUUAAGUUGCUUGAUAGUGACCAGGAGUUAUAUAAGAACUUCCCUCUGGUAAUAUCGGAGCGUUGGCAGCAAGAAGUAGCAGAAACUGUUUAUGAUGCAGUAAAUGCAGACACAGAUAAAAUUGAGGCCAGAAAAAGGGCUAAAAAUAAGCAGCUUGGCCACGAGGAAGAUUAUGCCCUGGGCAAGGACUGUAUCAUGCAUGGCUACAUGCUCAAGCUGGGGAACCCCUUCCUGACUCAGUGGCAGCGGCGUUACUUUUACCUCUUCCCCAACCGGCUGGAGUGGCGAGGAGAAGGAGAGUCCCGGCAAAACCUGCUGACAAUGGAACAAAUAGUAUCUGUUGAAGAAACACAAAUUAAAGAUAAGAAAUGCAUCUUACUGAGAAUUAAAGGAGGAAAACAGUUUGUCCUACAGUGUGAGAGCGACCCUGAGUUUGUUCAGUGGAAAAAGGAGCUGACAGAAGCUUUCACCGAGGCCCAGAGGUUGCUGCGCCGGGCUCCAAAGUUCCUCAACAAAUCCCGCUCCACAGUGGUGGAGCUCUCGAAGCCCCCGCUCAGCCACAGGAACAGCAACGGGCUGUAGGAGACACCCACCACGUUCCCGCAGGGAGAGCUGCUUGGUGAACCCGCAGAGCGUCCCAGAAUCCUUGCCAACGAAAGACUUUGUGCGGAGCCGGAGGCGGGACGUGCCUGGGAGAGGAGGAGCGCGACGUUUACAGCGUGGGAUCACGUCAGCACCCUGCCCCGGCAGCGCCCGCCGUCACCGAGCCCGGAGGCUGCUCCCUGCUCCCCACCCCCGGCGGGGCCCGCCCGAGCUCCGUCCCUCUGGAACUACUGAUGGAAGGAAGAGGCUUUGUCCCUGCCGUGCCCGGGGUGGCGCGGGUGCUGCUGGCUGGGUGACGCUCCCCUGGUGACACCGACGGACCGUGGUGGGUGCCCCCUCACUCUGUGGUGUUGCCGUGUCCUUCCCGACCAUUACUGCUGACUCUCUGAUAACCUUGCUCCAUACUGCUGAUGAUCAACAGUGUGACUCUGAUGCACUUCAAAGUACUGAAUUCUAACUGUCCUGUGGUUUAAAUGUUAUUGCUACUUCAUGGGAGCGUUGAACUCGAAUUAUUCCCUGGGUUUGUUGUACUCACUAAUAGUAGCUACCACCGUUUUGCUUCUUCUACGUAUAUGCAGUACUAUAACUGACACAAUAGAGUAAUAAUUGGUGAAGAGGAAUUUAUGGUAGCUUCAUCUAGUGCUCUGUUGUAUAAAUUGACUAUUUUAGCACAGUUUUUAAAGAGCAGAUUCCUUUUGACAAGUUUACAGUGAACAUAAAAGACAGUUCUUUUCCAUUUCAGGUCAACUGCACUUUUUAAAAAAUUAAAAAAGAAAUUAUUUAAA